AUGAUUCUUAGUGAGAGCAGUGCUGGUGAGAUGACAGGAGUAGAAGCCACACCAGAGUGGUUUGAAGAGUCAGCAGAUGGUAAAAACAGAAUGGAGACAGAGUCUACGCAACCCUUUGGAAAAUAUUGCCAUGAAGGGGCAGUGAUGAAACAUCAAGAGAAAGAAAAGAUAGCAGCUGAGAGCAUGAAUGAUUCAGUGAAGGUAGAAGGUGAAAUCAAAGCAUUGAAAAGGUCUGUAGGGCAGAGAGCUGCAGGACUGAAAACAGCAGCACCUGGCACGUUCCUAGAGGUCCCAGGGAGCAGAAAGCGGAAGGGAGCUGGCGCGGGGGGUCUGCACAGGCAGCAUGCGCCCGCCGGGAGCAGCCUCGGCGCCCAAGGUCUGAGGCUGCAGCCCCCGUUCGCCAUUGUGAGCCGCCGGGGGAGCCAGCCGGCGCCACCGUCCCCCCGGGUCCCCGUCCACGCCGCGAUGAGGCACCUGCCCGCGAGGACGCGCGGCGGCCGCCGCCUCCUGCCUCUGCUCUGGCUCUUUGUGCUGCUCAAGAAUGCUGCAACAUUCCAUGUAACUGUCCAAGAUGAUAAUAGCAUCGCUGUCUCUUUAGAAGCUUCAGAUGUCACGAGUCCAUCAUCUGUGUAUGUGGUGAAGAUAACUGGUGAAUCAAAAAAUUACUUCUUCGAAUUUGAGGAAUUCAACAGUACUUUGCCUCCUCCCAUUAUCUUUAAGGCCAGUUAUCACGGCCUGUAUUAUAUAAUCACUCUGGUAGUGGUAAAUGGAAAUGUGGUUACCAAGCCAUCCAGAUCAAUCACUGUGUUAACAAAACCUCUUCCCGUAACCAGUGUUUCAAUAUAUGACUAUAAACCUUCUCCUGAAACAGGAGUCCUGUUUGAAAUUCAUUAUCCAGAAAAAUAUAACGUUUUCACAAGAGUAAACAUAAGCUACUGGGAAGGUAAAGACUUCCGGACAAUGCUAUAUAAAGAUUUCUUUAAGGGAAAAACAGUAUUUAAUCACUGGCUGCCAGGAAUAUGUUAUAGUAAUAUCACCUUUCAGCUGGUAUCUGAGGCAACUUUUAAUAAAAGCACUCUUGUGGAGUACAGCGGUGUCAGUCAUGAACCCAAACAGCACAGAACUGUCCCUUAUCCUCCUCAAAAUAUCUCAGUUCGUAUAGUAAACUUGAACAAAAACAACUGGGAAGAACAGAGUGGCAGUUUCCCAGAGGAAUCGUUCAUGAGAUCACAAGAUACAAUGGGAAAAGACAAACUCUUCCAUUUUACUGAUGACACUCCUGAAAUUCCCUCUGGCAACAUUUCCUCUGGUUGGCCUGAUUUUAACAGCAGUGACUAUGAAACGACAUCCCAGCCAUAUUGGUGGGACAGUGCAUCUGCGACUCCUGAAAGUGAAGAUGAAUUUGGCAGUGUUCUUCCCAUGGAAUAUGAAAAUAACAAUACACUCAGUGAGACUGAGAAAGCAACGACCAGCUCUUUCUCUUUUUUCCCUGUCCAAAUGAUACUGAGUUGGUUGCCACCAAGACCACCCACUGCAUUUGAUGGGUUCCAUAUUCACAUGGAAAGAGAAGAAAACUUUACUGAAUAUUUGACAAUGGACGAAGAGGCACACGAAUUUGUUGCAGAACUGAAGGAGCCUGGGAAAUAUAAGUUAUCUGUUACAACCUUCAGUUCCUCAGGAUCUUGUGAAAUUCGAAACAGCCAGUCAGCAAAAUCACUCAGUUUUUAUAUCAGCCCUUCAGGAGAGUGGAUUGAAGAACUCACUGAGAAGCCCCAGCAUGUAAGUGUCCACGUUCUAAGCUCAACCACUGCCUUGAUGUCCUGGACUUCUUCCCAAGAAAACUACAACAGCACCAUCGUGUCCGUGGUGUCACUCACCUGCCAGAAACAAAAGGAGAGCCAGAGGCUAGAAAAGCAGUACUGUACUCAGGUGAACUCAAGCAAAUCUAUUAUUGAAAAUCUGGUUCCUGGUGCCCAGUACCAGGUUGUGAUGUACCUAAGAAAAGGCCCUUUGAUUGGACCACCUUCAGAUCCUGUGACAUUUGCUAUUGUUCCAACUGGAAUAAAGGAUUUAAUGCUCUAUCCCUUGGGUCCUACAGCAGUGGUUUUGAGCUGGACCAGACCUUAUUUAGGAGUGUUCAGAAAAUAUGUGGUUGAAAUGUUUUAUUUCAACCCUACAACAAUGACAUCAGAAUGGACAACUUACUAUGAAAUAGCAGCGACUGUCUCCUUGACUGCAUCAGUGAGGAUAGCUCAUCUGUUGCCAGCAUGGUACUACAACUUUCGAGUUACCAUGGUGACAUGGGGAGACCCGGAACUGAGCUGCUGUGACAGUUCCACCAUAAGUUUCAUAACAGCCCCAGUUGCUCCAGAAAUCACUUCUGUGGAAUAUUUCAACAGUCUGUUAUACAUCAGUUGGACAUACGGGGAUGACACUACUGACCUCUCACAUUCUAGAAUGCUCCACUGGAUGGUUGUUGCAGAAGGGAAGAAGAAAAUUAAAAAGAGUGUAACACGCAAUGUCAUGACCACAAUUCUCAGCCUGCCUCCAGGAGAUAUCUACAAUAUCUCCGUAACUGCUUGCACUGAAAGAGGAAGUAAUACCUCCAUGCUCCACCUUGUGAAGCUAGAACCAGCUCCUCCAAAAUCACUCUUUGCAGUGAAUAAAACCCAGACCUCAGUGACUUUGCUGUGGGUGGAAGAGGGAGUAGCUGAUUUCUUCGAAGUCUUCUGUCAACAAGUUGGCUCCAGUCAGGAAAUAAAACUCCAGGAACCGAUUUCUGUUUCUUCUCAUGUCGUGACCAUCUCCAGCCUCCUUCCUGCCACUGCCUACAACUGUAGUGUCACCAGCUUUAGUCAUGACAGCCCCAGUGUCCCUACAUUCAUAGCCGUCUCAACAAUGGUUACAGAGAUGAAUCCCAACGUGGUAGUCAUCUCCGUGCUGGCCAUCCUUAGCACACUGCUAAUUGGAUUACUGCUCAUUACUCUUAUCAUUCUUAGGAAAAAGCAUCUGCAGAUGGCUAGGGAGUGUGGAGCAGGAACUUUUGUCAAUUUUGCAUCCUUAGAGCGGGAUGGAAAGCUUCCAUACAACUGGCGUAGGAGUAUAUUUGCUUUCUUAACCCUGCUACCCUCAUGUCUUUGGACUGAUUAUCUUUUGGCAUUUUAUAUUAAUCCUUGGAGUAAAAAUGGUUUAAAAAAGAGGAAAUUGACUAACCCGGUGCAACUGGAUGACUUUGACGCCUACAUCAAGGAUAUGGCCAAAGACUCUGACUAUAAAUUUUCUCUUCAAUUUGAGGAGUUGAAGUUGAUUGGACUGGAUAUUCCACACUUUGCUGCAGACCUUCCACUGAACCGAUGUAAAAAUCGCUACACAAACAUCCUACCAUAUGACUUUAGCCGAGUGAGAUUACUCUCCAUGAAUGAAGAGGAAGGUGAAGACUACAUCAAUGCCAACUACAUUCCUGGAUACAACUCACCACAGGAGUAUAUUGCCACACAGGGGCCUCUGCCUGAAACCAGAAAUGACUUUUGGAAGAUGGUCCUACAACAGAAGUCUCAGAUUAUUGUCAUGCUCACUCAGUGUAAUGAGAAAAGGCGGGUGAAAUGUGACCAUUACUGGCCAUUCACGGAAGAACCCAUAGCUUAUGGAGACAUCACAGUGGAGAUGAUCUCAGAGGAAGGGCAGGAUGCCUGGGCCUGUAGACACUUCCGGAUCAACUAUGCUGACGAGAUGCAGGAUGUGAUGCAUUUUAACUACACUGCGUGGCCUGAUCACGGGGUGCCCACAGCCAAUGCUGCAGAAAGCAUCCUGCAGUUUGUGCACAUGGUCCGACGGCAAGCGACAAAGAGCAAAGGCCCCAUGAUCGUGCACUGCAGUGCUGGAGUCGGUCGGACAGGAACAUUCAUUGCCCUGGACAGGCUCCUGCAGCACAUUUGGGAUCAUGAGUUUGUGGACAUCCUAGGGUUGGUGUCAGAAAUGCGGUCAUACCGGAUGUCUAUGGUACAGACUGAGGAGCAGUACAUUUUUAUCCAUCAGUGUGUGCAACUGAUGUGGAUGAAGAAGAAGCAGCAGUUCUGCAUCAGUGACAUCAUCUAUGAGAAUGUCAGCAAGUCUUAG